AUCAGUGAAAGGUUAGCUCCAGUAUCGUUGAAGGAAAAGCCUUCGACAACAGUACGGUUGUUCAAGAGUUGGUGCUGUGAUGCUUGCCUGCAUUGAUCUUCCAUGAACGGUGCCCAAACUGUAUCCAUGUUCUACAAAGAAUACGCCGACUGGAACCCAAGGCAGGAACAUCCACGCAGCCUGACGUGCAGCUGAAACGAAUGACAUUGUAGCGAAUGGUGAUUAGUGCUGGACAGGAAUGGUAAAUUCAAUGCCGUUUUGUCUAGUUGAGUCCUAUGGAGUCACGUAGCACGAUACAGAAAAAAAGUGCCAUCAAUUUUUACUUCACUUCGAGUAUCACCAUGAUCUUGGCACCUUCCACCAGCAACUCACUCUCUUACGAUAAUGGCAGCGACACAUCCUAUACGCUCUUCUACUUCAACUUCCAUGGACUAGGUGCAUGUCUGCGCGCGCUUCUCUGUUUGGGCAACGCGUCCUGGACCAAUAAGAUCCAGGCCAUGUCAGACUGGCCCCAGGUCAAGCCCACAACUCCGUUCGGGACCCUUCCUAUCCUCUAUGAGGUCAACAUAACAACAAGAGAAUCUAUCGAGAUACCUGAAUCGGGCGCUAUUGAGCGGCACCUAGGCCGAAAGUUCAAACUUAUGGGAGAUACACCUAAAGAGCUGACCCUGAAUGAUGUCUUUUAUACCCAGGCCGUGAUGCUCAACACCAAGUUCGUGGCGAAAGUCGUAUGGACCUUCGCAGAGGUCCGUUAGAAGGCCCUCGACCAGUUUUUGCAAACCACACUUUCGCCAUAGGUGGAGGGGUAUGAAAAAUAUUUGAUGGGGAAUGGGAAUAGCGGCUAUUUUUUGGGCAACAAGAUCUCGUUGGCGGACGUAAAGACUGCUGUGGUCCUGGACUCGAUGUUGGCAUUGGAUUCGGAGCACGCCCUGGGCGAGCUCAAGAGCCCGGAGAUUUGGAAGCUGAAGCGAAAUGUAGAUACGCAUCCUGUAUAUUCAGAGUGGAGGAAAUCCAAUCAUUUCCAGUUGGAAGAGGAGACGCAGGGGGGAUGUCUGCAAAGUUCCGUUCAACUUAAGGAAAUCGCACAUCUUCUCCUGAAUAAAAUAAAAAGAGGCCCUUGAACGAUUAUAAAUCACAAAAGGCGACGGAUGC